CAACCAGUGUUUUGUGUUCCCUCCUGUGGCCCCUUUUCGGGAUCAGCCGGACCUUCACUCCCCGCUCCGCAGGGCUCAGGAGGGCAUCAUCUCGCCAUCAUUUCUUCUCCUCAUGAGUGUCCCACAGCCUGUGGUGAAGUUGGGCAAUGCUCAGCCCGCAGCAGCUGCAGAGGGUCCAACGCUGCCCAGCGUGCCCGCGGCCCGGAGCCUCACCAUUGACGAUUUUGACAUCGGGCGUCCUCUGGGCAAGGGAAAAUUUGGGAAUGUGUACCUGGCUCGGCUCAAGGAAAGCCAUUUCAUUGUGGCUCUGAAAGUCCUUUUCAAGUCCCAGCUCGAGAAGGAGGGAAUGGAACACCAGCUGCGUAGAGAAAUCGAAAUUCAGGCGCAUCUACAACACCCCAAUAUUCUACGCCUGUACAACUACUUCCAUGAUGCCCGUCGUGUGUACCUGAUUCUGGAAUACGCUCCAAGGGGUGAGCUCUACAAGGAGCUUCAAAAGAGCCACACUUUAGAUGAGUGCCGUACAGCCACGAUAAUGGAGGAGUUGGCAGAUGCCCUGACCUACUGCCAUGAGAAUAAGGUGAUUCACAGGGAUAUUAAGCCAGAGAACCUGCUGCUGGGGUUCAGGGGUGAAGUGAAGAUCGCAGACUUUGGGUGGUCUGUGCAUACCCCCUCACUGAGGAGAAAGACAGUGUGCGGGACUCUGGACUACUUGCCCCCAGAAAUGAUUGAGCAGAAAACAUACAGCGAGAAGGUGGAUCUGUGGUGCAUUGGGGUGCUCUGCUAUGAGUUACUGGUGGGAAAUCCACCUUUCGAGAGCACCUCCUAUUCUGAGACCUACAGACGCAUCCUCAAGGUUGACUUCAGGAUUCCUUCAUCAGUACCUUUGGGAGCCCAAGACUUGAUCAGCAAGCUGCUCAGAUACCAGCCUUCGGAGCGGCUGCCAUUGGCCCAGAUCCUGCAGCACCCCUGGGUGCGGGCCCACUCUCGGAGGGUGAUGCCUCCAUCUGCUCAGAUGGCUUCCUGAGCUCUGUCCACCUCUUGUUCCUGUGUGUUUGUUCAAGAAGUUCUAACCCUGCUAUCUCAU